AUGGCGGGUUCACCUUCCUUUCCUGUUGAACCACCGGGGAAGACCGUCAGCAUCACUGUGCUGGAGGGCCAUGACUUGAAAGGCCUCAAAGGAGACAGUCCGGUUACAUUUGUGCGCAUUGAGUACAAUGGCUUCGUCCUUGGUGAUUCCCCCAAAAUGGAUGCCUCUGCGGAAGGAUACGUGAAGUAUAAUUUCACCACCUCUUUUGACAGCCAUCCUGAAGGGUUCCACACCUUGGAUGAUAUUGCCCAUAAACCUGUGAUAUUCACUGUGAUUGAAGUCUUGCCAAAGGAGAAGAAGCAAAAAGACGAAAAAGUGGUGUCCCUCGGACAGGCCGUGGCGGACCUUCUCCCUCUCCUGCAAGGAUUGUGUACAUUCAGUGCAACACUUCCCCUGUAUCCAUUGCCUGGUUCUCCUCUGGAGGCCCUCCGAGCAGAAACCAAGUGUUCCAUCGAUGUCUUAGUAUCUGUCCAGGAGAGCUUAUUGACUCAAAACCAGCUGUCCGAAGGCAACCUGCUGAGAGUGACCGUAGAAGCUCUCUAUUCUGCCCCCGAGGCAUUUCUCUUCACAGGCCCCCAAUAUAAUUACAUGCUUGGCUUCCAGGUGCCAGCAGUUGGUGAGAAAGAAUGUCCCUUCCUGUUCAAGAAUGGGACCCUGAAAGGUGGUGGUGAGAGAGAAGCUCUGCCUCGGCCCAAGAAGUGGCCAGUGGCCAACAUUUUAGCCCCUGCAGGACAGAACAUCCCAGAUGCUCUCAUUGUCGGUGGGGCCUUUGAGGAGGAAGAUGGAGAACUGAAUACUCCAGAGGGAGGUGGAACUAUUGGUGCAACAGAGGAGGAUCCAAUUUCCUUUCACGGCGUGGCUUAUGUCAGCUUAGUGCCGCUGCUGUAUCCUGGAGUGAAGCGGAUCCGCGGAGCGUUCCGAGUUUUUCCUUACCAUGACAGCGAAGUGUUUGAAAAGACCAAGUGCCUCUUCAGUCUUUUUCGCGACGUGGGCCAUCAGGCAGUCCUUAAUAAAUUUGGUCCCAUGGGAAUGUACAGUCCGCACACCAAAAGCAUCCUUGGGAAGAACAUGAAAGAUGACAAGCAAAGAGAACUAAUGCUGAGGAAGCCAUCCAAUAUUGUAAAAAAGGACACCUCCGAGAUCACAGUAGAGACUGCGGUAUCUGUAUGCCAGAACUUGGAAGGACAGCAAUAUGUAGACUGUGGAAGUUUCAUUGUGAUAGAGUUUACGCUGGAUAGAGCUUUAGUGCCCAAGCGUCUGCCAGAGGAACUUGCUAGCCGAGUGAAGGAGAUGAUUCCUCCACACCCACAACUCCCUCGAAGGACUGCAGGAGCCAUGAAGGCCGUAGAAGAUUACCACACGCAGAUCACCAGUAUUGCUGCAUCGAUCCUAGAUGAGUAUCACGAACUCUUUGGAAGGCAGGUGGUUGAAGGGCUUGUCGUUGAUUCUCAGACCCUGGAAGACCAGAAAUGUCAACUCAACUACGAGCUAAACACCUCAGGGAAAUAUUUUGCCUUUAAGGAGCAACUCAAGCACGCAGUUGUUAAAAUUGUGCGGGAGAAGUACUUGAAGACCACUGCCUUUGAAACUCUGGACCAACUCCAGGCUUUCCUCAGUGAGUUGUACGUCUACUUGAUGGAUCAGAUGCACGUUGCGCUGAAUCAGGUACUGUCCCUCCAGACGCCAAGUCCUCCUCCUCCCGUAUAUACCACCUUGGAGCAGCUCCAGCUCUUUGCUCGAGAGGCCCAGGUCAACGGUGACUACGGUUUGGCAUCAACUUACUAUCAGGAGAGGUUAUCUCGAAACCCCCAAGAUAGCCAGAGCUGGUUGGAUUAUGGAGCUUUCUGCCUGCUGACUGAAGACAACCUCAAGGCUCAGGAAUGUUUUCGUGAAGCUGUCGGCUUGGAUGCCAAUCACCUGCCCAGUGUCCUGUUGUGUGGGAUCCUGGCUGUGAUGCUGCAGAAUUAUGAGGAGGCUGAAGUCUUUUUUGAGGAUGCCACCUGUGUGGAGCCAAGCAGUGUCGUGGCCUGGACCAUGUUAGGACUCUUCUAUGAUAUCCAGGAAAACUAUAUUCGGGUCGAGAUGGCCUUCCGUGAGGCUACCAAGCUCCAGAAGGCCCACCUGCCCAAAGAGAAACCAAGUCCUCCGAGCAUAGAAGAAGUUGGAAAGAAAAGAACGUCACCACGGGCGCAGUCACUGGUUGGCCCAGAGGAGUCUGAAGAAUCUCCAGAAUCCGCAGCGAAAAUCCAAGCAGAAUCUUCGGAACCAGCCGGCUCGCUUCGUGCAACAGAAGAGGAUACCGUACAUAAACCGUUCAAGAGAUUGUCCGUUACACCCAGCAAAUUUAGGCUGAGCACUCAGAGAGAAAUGCCCAAGCCUGCUGCAGUUUCAUUUGAAUCAGCUAUUGUCCCCCAGCAAACCACCUCUAUUUUCAUGGAAACAAUAAAAUUCCUCUUGGAAGUCAGUGCUCUUCAGUUUGUUCACAGGGCCCUGGCACAUGAAUUGAUCUCUCCACAAGGAGGCCCCAGCUGUGAAUAUUACUUGGUGCUGGCCCAGACCUACAUGCUCAAGAAAGAAUACGACCAGUCAGAAGAGAGCUUGGAAAUGGCUAUGCAGAUUGAUUACCUGAAUCCAGAGGUUUGGGCUCAAAAAGGCCACCUCUUCUACUUGACCGGGAAUUUCAGCGACGCAAAGUCCUGCUACGAACGCACAAUCAGCUUUGUGACGGACGCGAAGGAUAUGCAUACGGUGUAUCUGCGAUUGGGAUCCAUCUAUCUGGAAGGCAAGGAGUAUGACAAAGCCAAGCACAUUUACCUUCUGGCCAGUAAGAAAUCACCUUCGUGUCUCACGUGGCUGGGAGUAGGAAUCGCUUGCUACAGGCUCAAAGAAAUGGUCGAGGCCGAGGAUGCUCUUUCCGAAGCCAACGCCCUCAACAACAGCAAUGCGGAAGUGUGGGCCUACCUGGCUUUGGUCUGCAUGAAGGGCGGAAGACAACUGGAGGCCGAACAAUCGUAUAAAUACGCUGUGAAGCUGGAGUUGGACAAUCCCGAUCUCCUGCAGGAGGUCAAGCAAGUCCAGUUAGAAGUUGGCUUUGGUGACCCCUCCUUCUGAUCUCCUCUGCGGCUACCGUUUAAGCAGGGACCACAUCUACCAUUUCACACUGCAGGGAGGCAGGCCAGGUUGCCAGAGGCUUGCCCAACCAUCAGCACAGAGG